UGCACGUGCACACAGCGCAGGGGCACGUGCUAACUUCACAGGCUGUCAGAAACAAAUAGAAAACAGAAAAUACUCAGAGAUACAUGGUGUGACUGUUCUCCUUGGGCUGAGCUGCGUGCAUAUGUUUCGAUUGGCCUUUGGGGUAAUGUACAGUGCCUACCAGGACCACGAGGAGUUGGAGGAUGAUCUCUACCAGGAGGAUGAUGACUCUGGCGUGUCAGAUGCCAACAGUGAGCUGGAGUUCCACCUCUACAGCCAGCUCCACUACUCCUCAAAUGCUGGGGAGAUGGAGGAGCUGGAGGCAGGAGCUGAGGAGGAGUAUGACGGCCAAGGAACCCAGCAUAGUAAUGUGCUUGAGAAGACCACAGAUGGAGACCCAGUGUUGAAAUGUACAAAGCAGAGCAAACCUACACCAUCUACUAAUGACCAUUUAAAGUCGAAGAAGGUCGCAAAAAAGAAGAAAGGCAAAAUUAAACCAAAAGAUCCGAAGUUGUCGUUAUCACACUUGGAGGAGGUUAUUGUGAUUGACUCCAGCCCUGACAUCAUCUCAGUCUCUGACAAUGACACUGCAGAUGAUGAUGAUGUUUUCAGUGUUUGUGCUCUUAAGGGUCAAGGUUCACGCCAGCUGCAGACCUCCACCCCUGCGCAACAGAAAUCCCGGAAAAGAAAAAGGAGUCCCUUAGUUCCAGUGGCUGUGCUUUCCAGCAGCUCGGAGUCCUCAGAACCCCAGUCUGAUUCAGAAUCGUCGGAUUCAUCUAAUUCAUUUGAUUUAGAUGAUCUGGAGAACUGGAUGAUUCUGGGCCAAGGGAAGCAGGAUGGAGACCAGUCCAUCUCACUCAAUGUGGAAGGAGGGUCUUACAGCCACAGCAGCAGCACAGACGAAGAAGAAGGAGGAUGUUGGAUUGUUUCAGAGAAAGAUAAGGAAGCUCAGAUCUAUAACAGAGGCCGGGGUCCCAGGAUAGCAGUGCAGCGAAUGCCUAACAGAUACUACACUGGGAAGAACAUCCACUGUAGAAACUGCAACAAGAUGGGACAUCUCUCAAAGAACUGCCCUGACCCCAAAAAGUCGACACCUUGCCAUCUUUGCAGCACAAACGGUCACCUGGCCAGUCAGUGUCCCAGUAAGCACUGUAACAACUGUAGCCAGCCUGGGCACCUCUACAACUCCUGCGGCGAGAGAGCUUAUUGGCACAAACAGUGCCAUCGCUGCAGGAUGAAAGGACACUUCUUUGAUGCUUGUCCAGAGAUCUGGAGACAGUACCACAUCACAACUAAGAGAGGUCCUCCUGUGAAGCAGCAGGGAGACGACCGCGCUCAGUCUCCUGCGUACUGCUACAACUGUUCCAAGAAAGGACACUUUGGUCACGAAUGUACACGGCAGAGGAUGUUCAGUGGGGUUUAUCCCACCUACCCAUUCAUCAACCACUAUGACACUGUGGAGGACAUAAACCGCAGACAGCACAGAAUAAAGAUGAAGUUUAAAGAUAUGAGAAGAAAUGGCAUGUUGUCUGAUGCAUCUCCAGGCCCUCUAACUCCAGGACCACCAAAGAAGAAACAAAAAAUCAAUCAUCACAAAGACAGCCCCCACCAUAAGCAUACGCCUCACCAAAUCCCAAACAGCUACAGACAAAGUCCAAACCACAUCAUCUUUAAUGAAGAUGACUUUACUACUUAUACACCCAAAAUUAAGACAGUUAAACUACCCAGAAGUGGUGGCAGUGCCAAACCAUGGAAGCCUAAAAGACCCGUACCUACCACAAAAGACCCACUGCCUUUGAGUAAACUAGUUGUUGAUGAAGCAGAUGACUUUCCCAGAGGGGGGCGGCCUCAGGGAAACAAGGAGGAGAGAAUGAAAAAGAAGAAAAGCUAUAAAACAAAACAGGUUCCCCUGUCUAUGUCAGAGCGGCACAAUGACUUGAGUCCAGACCGUGUUUGCAUGACUGGAAGAGAGAGGAGUCGGGGCCCAAAAUCAAAGAAUCAGAAAGGAGAGAAGAAACGACAGAGGAAACAUGGCCACAAGACAGCUAAAAAACAACUGGGUGGACCUAUGUAUCCAGAAGACGAUAAUCUGUUUCUCAUUAAACAGCGGAAACGCAGCAGAUAGCAGCAGUGUGGGUUAGGGGUAGCUGUCACAGCCUGCAGAGAGGAUCUUUUGGAAAAAUUGGGUUUUAAAGCAUCUGAACUGAAGUCAGAAUUAUGACAUUCAGUGCCUUUAUUGGAACAGUUCACAAGCAACAUUUUGACAUACAAGUAAAAAAAAGGCUGGACGAAGUAGGAUUAAAGAAAGCUGAUUCCAUUUAACCCCUGUCUUCAUCAUUCUAGCUCACUGUAAUCUACCUUUAUACGGCUGCACUAUAUCGGGAAAACGUGCAGUUGAGAAAUUAUUGUUAAAUGUUGUAAAAACAAUGUUGGUUGCAAACACCCUACAUUUUCCUCACUCUUCUCUUUCUUUUCUACUCAUCACAAUGUGGCCACCACUCUCCGUGGGUUUUAGCAUCGUUUGAAUCCAUGCAAACCGCCAGAUAAAUGACUGGCAUUCAGAGUGUAAACGCAGGGAACCUUAAAAAAUAAUAAAAUAUUGUAUACAGUUAUAAUUGAUUAUUAUACUUAUAGUAAGAUCUAAAUGGGCUGAUGUAUUUUGUUUUUUACAAUUUCAAGUGUGCAUUCUCCCACUGGUUUAAGUCAAAGCUUUCAAGCAGCGGAUAUUGCUGUAAAUGUUCAAAUUGUCAGUAAAAUGGUUGCUCCUUUGAA